AUGUCUACUGAAAUGGUUUUGAUUGAUGAAAUUUUUCAUAUAAAUACAGUAGAUUCUGAGAAAUUUGAUAGAGUUUCAAGAAUUACGGCUAUUUCUUCUUCACAGGACAUGGAAUUAACAUUAGACAUUAACUCAGAACUUUAUCCAUUAAAGCCAAAUGAAUCAAUUUCUGUUCAGGUUGCAAGUACAUUACAUGAUUCUUUUAAAGACAGUGCGGAUUAUAUUAUGUAUGGGAAGGUUUAUCGGUUUGAUGAAGGUGAAAAAGAUUUAGUAUCUGUAUAUAUAAGUUUUGGGGGUCUUUUAAUGUGCCUUGAAGGUCCAUAUAAAAAGCUUAAUAGACUUUCAUAUGAUCAUGUAUAUCUUUUUAUUCGACGAUAA